AUGCCACAUGGUGAGGUGACCAUCACAUUGCAGGAUGUGGAGGUUCUUCUCGGGCUUCCUGUUGAUGGUGACGCUAUAUCAGGGAGCACACAAAAAACUUGGGUGAAUGUGUGCCGGGACUUCCUUGGUUUUCAACUUGUAACUCAAAAUAACCAUAAGCAACUUGAUGGGCAGAGGAUUCUCAUCAACCGCCUUUUGGAGGAAGUUGCUAACCCAUUGCCGCCUGAUGCUGAAGAGGAUCAGCUGCAUAAGUACGCACGAUGCUACAUCCUAGCGCUAUUGGGGGACACAAUAUUCAUGGACAAAUCCGGCGAUAGGGUGCAUCUAAUGUGGGUGCAGCAAUUGGAAAACCUUCACAAUCCACGGAGGUACAGUUGGGGAAGUGCUUGCCUUGCAUGGUUGUAUCGAGAGCUAUGCAGGGCAAGCGAGGACACCGGUCAGAUUGGUGGGUGCUUGCUGUUGCUCCAGUACUGGGCAUGGGCCAGGUUCCCCUAUUUGUGCCCGACAGUUGAGCGAGGCCCGCCAGUGGGUGCUUACGGUCCUCCAGUACGUGGUCCACUAUCCCUGAAGUGGUUGUGGGUCCCAAACAAGAAAAAUAGGCCCGCCCACAUCUUCAGGGACAGGUAUCGCGAGCAACUAGCUUCCAUGUUGCCAGACCAGGUGGUGUGGCAGCCAUAUGAAGCUCAUUUUGACGACCUCCCGCCGUGGUGUGUUGCAGGGAGGGCCGUAUGGACGGCAAGGGUGCCGCUUGUAUGUUUCCACCUAGUAGAGAAACAUACACCGGAUCGUGUUGUUCGUCAAUUCGGGAUGAUCCAAGAAAUUCCCCGCGCUGUUAACACUGACAAAGUGCUUCAUGGCAUUGAUUUGAGGGGGAAGAUCGGUGUUAAUUGGAUGCAGAAGCAUGCUGCGCAUAUCCUUGAGUGGGGUAAUCGCUUUGAUCGGCGUUGCGAAGCUGUGCUUGGUGAUAUGCCUCCAGAGCACGAGUACCACGACUGGUUCAAAAGGGUGACUCGGAGGUUCAUCGAUAGGCCUGGUGCUGUAGUGACUCUGCUGGUCUAA